AUGCCUGGCGCCCCCUCGCGGCAGCGGCGCUUGCUGCUCCUGGCGGUGUCGCUGGCGCUGCUGCUGGCUCUGCUGGCCGCGCCCCUCGCACGGGUGGCCGCUUUGCCGAUCACCGCCGAUGCGUCGGCGGGCUCGGCCCCGCGCCCGGCCGCGCCGCAGCCCGGCCCCCUGGCCAUCGCCUCCUCGGGUCCGAUGCCGAUCUGCACGGCUGACUGCGCGUCCUGCCCCUUCGCCAGCAGGUGCACCCGCUGCCAGUCGGGCUUCCUGCUGCACAACAACGAGUGUCGACCCUCCUGCCCGCCGGGCUACUACCCGGAUGCCAAUAACAUCCAGUGUCUCCCCUGCGGCGCGAACUGCGAGGCAUGCGAGUCAGGCACCGGGCUCUGUGUGACCUGCAUCCCGGGGUAUCACCCUUCUGGCGGGUUGGCUUGCGCCGCGGGCUCCUGCCAGCCCGGCGAGUUUUCCCAGCCCAGCGGCUGCGUGCCCUGCCCGGCGGCGUGUCUCCUAUGUGACACCGGCGCCGGCUGCACCGAGUGCCUCAGUCACGAGCUGCUGAUCCCGGCUACCGGCAGGUGUUUGGCCGCCUGCCCGGCCACAACCUUCAGCCCCUCGGACAGGGACAACCGCUGCCUCCCCUGCCCGAGCAUCCUGGGCUCGUGCGACACUUGCCACUCGCGCCCGAGCCUGGGGCUGGAGUGCACCGAGUGCAGCGCCGGGUCCUAUCUGGCCGGCGGGCUGUGCCACCCGGGGGCCUGCCCGGCGGGCUACGUCAGCCCCACCGGCGGCCCCUCCUGCGAGCCCUGUCCGGCCAACUGCAAUGCAUGCACCGGGCAGAAGGUGUGCACCCAAUGCCGGAGCCCCUACUAUCUGACCAACGGCACGUGUGUCGCAUCCUGCCCCCCGGGACAGUAUGGCCACUCGGCGGGCACAUGCGCCGGCUGCCCGCAGGAGGGCUGUGCCGCGUGCACCGGCCCCAACUCCGACCAAUGCACCUCCUGUGCCGGCGGCCGAGUCCUCUAUGCGGGCAACUGCGUGCCGGCCUGUCCCCCGGGGACAUUCCUCGCGCAGGGCACCUGCAUGCCCUGCCUCGCGAACUGCCAGUACUGCCAGUCGGCCACCACAUGCAAUGGAUGCGCCACCGGCUGGUUCGUGUAUGGCGGCCAGUGCGUGCCCAGCUGCCCGGAGGGGACCUUCGUCUCGGGCAGCGAGUGCAAAAGCUGCCCGACCGACUGCACAAUGUGCACCGCCUCCGACCAAUGCUCCACAUGCCGCUCCGGCUUUUACCUCCAUGCGAACACCUGCGUCGGGUCCUGCCCCUCGUGGACCUAUGUCUCCGGGACCCGGUGUGCGGCCUGCCCGGCCGGCUGUACCUCCUGCCUGUCGGAGCAUAUGUGCACCGGCUGUGACAAUGGCACAUACCUCUACCAGGGCAGCUGCUGGGCCACCUGCCCGAGCGCCACCUUCCCGGCCGGGCAAAAAUGCCAACCCUGCUCGCCCGAUUGCCUGACAUGCACCUCGACCAGCAGCUGCACCGCCUGCACCUCGAGUACCCUCCUGGACAAUGGCGCCUGUGUGACCACCUGCCGGGCGGGCUUCUUCGCGGACAACCGCGUCUGCAAGGCUUGCUCCCACAAUUGCGGCUCCUGCACCAGUGCCAGCCAGUGCGACGCCUGCGCCAAUGGCACCUACCUCAGUGGCGGGGCCUGCGUGUCGCACUGCCCGACCGGGACCUUCAUCGACAAUGGGACCUGCGCCGCCUGCUCGGACCAUUGCACCAUCUGCACCUCCGGCAGCCGGUGCACCGCCUGCGGCGGCCAGUAUGUCGUGCACGAUGGCGCCUGCACGGCCGCCUGCCCGCCGGGGUUCUUCCCCUCGCACGGGGCGUGUGACGCCUGCUCGUCCGGGUGCACCACCUGCUCCGCCUCGUAUGCCUGCACCGCCUGCCAGUCGGGGCUCCUGCUCCACGAGAAUGCCUGCCGCCCUGACUGCCCAUCGGGCUUCUUCCCCAGCGGCACCCACUGUCUGUCAUGCUCCGGCGGCUGUGAUGUAUGUACCUCGGCGUCGCGGUGCGACGCCUGCCUGUCGGGCCUCUUCCUGCACGAGGGCGCCUGUGUGCAGGGCUGCUCCAACGGCUUCUACCCGGCCAAUGGCCGAUGCAUGCCCUGCCCGGGGGGCUGCGCGGCCUGCCAAAGUGACACCCACUGCACCCAGUGCCUGCCUUCCCUCUACAUGCAUGGUACCACCUGCUCCUCCAGCUGCCCCACCGGGACAUUCAUCUCGGGCGCCAACUGCCAGGCAUGCAUGCCCAGCUGUGCCUCCUGCAGCUCGGCCAGCGCCUGCGAUAGCUGCCCCGCCGGCAAUCACCUGCACCAGGGCCAGUGUCUCUCUGCCUGCCCGGCGGCCACCUACCCCGACGCCGGGGAGUGUGUCGCCUGCCCGGCGACCUGCACCGGGUGCACCGGGCCGGCGGCCUGCACCGGCUGCGCCACCGGCCUGGAGCUGGUCAAUGGCGCCUGCACCAGCUCCUGCCCGGCCGGGACCUUCCCCAAUGGGGCCGCCUGCGCCGCGUGCCAGGGGGACUGCCGCACUUGCCAAGACGCCAGCCGGUGCGCCGCCUGCAUGCCGGGCUUCCUGCUGACCCCGCAGGGGACCUGCGUCGGCAGCUGCCCGGUGUCCACCUUCCAGCAGGGCGACCAAUGCAUGCCCUGCCCGGGGGGCUGUUCGACCUGCUCCUCGGCCAGUGCCUGCACCGCAUGCAUCGGCGCCUUCCGCCUGCACAAUGGGGCCUGCGUCGAUCCCUGCCCCUCGGGGACCUUCCCCGGGGCCACCGCAUGCGCCGAAUGUCCGGGCACCUGCAGCCGGUGCACCUCGGCCUCCCAGUGCACCGAGUGCUCCUCCGGCCACUGGCUCUACCAGGACGCCUGCUGGUCCUCCUGCCCGGAUGGCACCUACCCCGGGACGUCUUCCUGCCAUGCCUGCCCGGCGACCUGCAGCAAGUGCCUCUGGGACGGGAUGUGCUCCACUUGCACUUUCGGGUAUUACCUGCACCAGGGCGCCUGCCUUGCGCAGUGCCCCGAGGGGACAUACGUGACUGGUGACCGCGCAUGUUCCCCCUGCCCGGAUGAGUGUACUGCCUGCUCCCUUCCAUCGGCAUGCCAGUCCUGCAAGGCGGGCCGCCUCCUUCACCAGGGGGCCUGCCUGUUGGCAUGUCCCCCGGGCACGCGGCCGGCGGACGGCCAGUGUGCUGCCUGCCCGGCCGGGUGCAGCACCUGCGACGCCGGGGCCGGCUGCACCGGCUGCCAGGACGGGCACCUCCUGCACGAGGGCCACUGUGUGGCCGACUGCCCGGCGGGCUUCUUCGCCGGGCCGCUGGCCUGCCAGGCCACCUGCGACGCCGGGGCCGGCUGCACCGGCUGCCAGGACGGGCACCUCCUGCACGAGGGCCACUGUGUGGCCGACUGCCCGGCGGGCUUCUUCGCCGGGCCGCUGGCCUGCCAGGCGUGCGGCAAGGGCUGCCUCGCCUGCAGCUCGGCCACCGUCUGCCUUGCCUGCUCGGAGGGGGCCUUCCUGCAUGCGGGCACAUGUGUCGGGGGCUGCCCGAUGGGCACCUUCCCGGUGGCCGACGGCAUGGUGUUCCUGGCCCCGGCGCGUCCCCAGGACCGGGGCCUCUGCACCGGCACCUGCCCCGAGGGGCAAUACCCCGGGGCUCAGCAGUGCCAGCUCUGCCCGAAGGGCUGCACCGGCUGCCAGGUGGACCCGACCUCCGGGCAUGUUCACUGCACGGCCUGCUCCCGGGGCUAUGGCCUGGGCCCGCAUGCGGCCGGGCGCCCGGUGCCGGAUCUCCCCCGGUGCUUGCCAUCGUGCGAGCCCGGGCGCUUCCCGGAUGCGGAUCUGGUGUGCACGGCCUGCCAUGGGUCGUGCGCCGAGUGCCGGCGGCCGGAUGCCUGCACCGUCUGCCAGCCGGGCUGGGUCUUCCCCACGGCCGGGGCCGCCCUCUGCACGGAUGCCUGCCCGGUGGGGGAAUUCCCCGACACCAUGGACACCAAGCAGUGCCGGGCCUGCGGCGCGGGGUGCCACCUGUGUGCCGGCGGCGCGGACCGGUGCACGCGCUGUGCGCCGGGGUGGCGGCCGGCCGGCCCCCUGCCCGGGGCCUGUGUCGGCUGCCCGGCCGGGUGUGCCACCUGCUCGGCCGACGGCCAGUGCCUGUCAUGCGACGGGGCCUCCCAGCCGGGGCUGGUGCUGACGCCGGAUGGGCGCUGCGCCGGGUCCUGCCCGGCCGGCCACUUCCCGGACGGGCCGGAGUGCGCUCGCUGUGCCGAUGAGUGUGCCACCUGCACCGGGCCCGGGGUGGACAGCUGCCUGACCUGCUCGCCGGGGCUGGUGCUGGAGGCCGGCGCCUGCCGGUGGCCCUGCCCGGCCGGGCAAUUCCGCGACGCCACCACCCCGGGGCUUCCCUGUGUCGCCUGCCAUGCCUCCUGCUCGGCGUGCAUCGGGCCCGGGGAUGCCAGCUGCUGGGACUGCUCGCGGCCGGAGCACGUGGCGCAGGAUGGCCACUGCCAGCAGGCCUGCGCCGGGGGGUUCGUCCCGGUGGCCGGCCGCUGCCAGGCCUGCCACUUCACGUGUGCCACCUGCCAGGGGGUCCGGUCGACCGAGUGCACCGCCUGCCGGGCCGGGCUCUUCGGCGUGCCGGUGCCCGGGUCCGAUGGCCGGCGCCUUCGGUGCCUGGAUGCCUGCCCGCUGGGGAGCUUCCCCGGCCCGGGGGGCGUGUGCUCGCCAUGCGGCGCCGGCUGCCUGGUGUGCGAGGCCGGGCCGCUGGCCUGCUCGCAGUGCGAGCGCAACAUGCUCCUCCGGCCCCCGGGCCCGGGCCCGGACCCGGACCCGUGUGUUUCCUCCUGCCCGGGGGCCAGUGCCCCGGUGGGCGGGUCGUGCGUCGGCUGUGCCGGGGCCUGUGCACAGUGCGCCGGGCCGCGCGAGGACCAGUGCCUGGCUUGCGCCGGGCCCGACAGCCUGCUGCAUGGCGGCCGGUGCAUGGGGGCCGGGGCCUGCCCGGAGGGCUACUACCCGGAGGCCGGGGCCUGUGCCCCGUGCACGGCCGACUGCCAGGGCUGCCAGACGGCCGACCGGUGCACUGCCUGCCCGGCCGGCGUGCCGCUGGUCAAUGACCGGUGCCUGACGGCGCGCUGCCCGGCCGGCACCUUCCUCCAGCAGGACCCGGCCACCGGGGCCUCCCUCUGCGCCGAGUGCCAUGCUUCGUGCACCGAGUGCGCGGGCCCCGGGCCGGGGGGCUGCACCGCCUGCCCAGAGGGGCUGGCAUUGACGCCGGCCGGUGCGUGCGAGGGGUCCUGCCCGGAGGGGUGGUGGCCCGGCCGGCCGGAGCCGGCCUCGCCGGCCGGCCCCGGCCGGGAGUGUCUGCCCUGCGACCGGCCAGCCCCGGCCGGGGUCCCUGGCUGCCGGGUGUGCCAUGACUCCGGGGCCGGGCCCUUCUGCACGGCCUGCGCGCCGGGGCACGUCGCCUCGGCCGAUGGCGACCGGUGUCUGGAGCACUGCCCGCCGGGGGAGUUCCUGCCGCCCGGGGCCGCCGCCUGCUGGGCCUGUGACAGGGCCCUGUGUGCCGAGUGCGCCCUGGCCGCCAGCCGGUGCACGGUGUGCGCCAGCCCGGGGGCCCUGCUGCUCGGGGACACCCGGGCAUGCCUGGCCGGCGGCCGCUGCCCCGGCGCCAAGUAUGUCGGGCCCACUGCCGGCGGCGUGUGCCUCCCCUGCGCGGUGGCCCACUGCGAGGAGUGCGCCCUGUCGAGCGGGCUGCCGUCCGAGUGCGACGGGCCGAGCGCGGCCACCGGCGGCGAGCUGCUCUGCCCGCUGGCCACCGAGUGCCGGCGCUGUGCCGACGGGCUGGUCCUGCUGCGGCCGGCGGACCACUCCUCGGCCGUCUUCGCCUGCGUGGCCGAGUGCCCGACCGGCCUCUUCCAGGACGGCCUGGAGUGUGCCCCCUGCGCGCGGGACUGCGACCAGUGCCUCGGGCCGCGGGAGGAGGAUUGCACGGCAUGGCCCCGGCCGGCCGGGCGGUCCGCCUCGCUGGCCCUGGGCCUGGGCCUGGGCCUGAGCCUGCUGCUGCUGCUGCUGCUGCUGCUGCUGCUUGUGGCGUGGUGCCGCGUGCGCCGGGCCCGCCGGGCCAAGGCCCCCGAAGAGCUGGAUGAACAUGCCACCGUCCUGAAUACGAUUGUCGAGCUCUCGCUUCCCGGGCGCGCGCUUGUGGACAUCGAGGCGGACUUCGCCCCGGUGGACAUGCACCUCGGCGAGGGCAAGCAGGCCAGCGUCUACUCGGCCCGGGCGGUCGGGGCCGGCAUCCGUGCGCGGCUCGACUGCCCGGACACCGUGGCCAUCAAGCUGUUCGCUGAGUUCCCCGGCAUGUCGGUGGAAGACGUGGCCCGGUCGGUGCUGGCCGGCAAGCGUCCCGACGUCCGGCAUGUGCACGAUGCCCUGGCCCAGGAGGAUGCCCCGGCCGGGGUGUCCUCCCAGCUGGUGGAGCUGCUCCAGCAGACCGGCGAGGAGCAAACGCACUUCCGCCCGGUCAUGGCGAUUCUCCGGCAGAAGCUGGCCGCCGCGUGUGCCUUCUGCCCGCCCGAGUAG